GGUGCAAGCGCUUCGGAGCGCUUCGUCGAUUGGCGCCUUGCCAUUUUUGGGUUCCCCACCCGCGAGUUCGGAAGCUCCGCCGAGGGCCGACGCUCCGAGGGACUUCACUCCACUCGCGACUCUCCGCUCGCCGAGAAUAGAGCACUCGUCGGUUACCCUAGGAAAGGUAGAAGGAAAAGGCCGCCACCAUGGACGCGAUCAAGAAGAAAAUGCAAGCGAUGAAGCUUGAGAAGGACAACGCGCAGGAUAAAGCUGAUGUCUGCGAAGGACAGGCCAAAGAAGCAAACCUGCGCGCCGAUAAGGUCCUUGAGGAGGUCAGCGACCUCCAGAAGAAGCUCACCCAGGUCGAGGGAGACCUCCAGGCCAACAAGGGAGCUCUCGAGCAGGCCAACAAGGACCUUGAAGAGCGCGAAAAAUCCCUCACCAACGCCGAGUCCGAGGUCGCCGCCUUGAACAGGAAGGUCCAGCUGAUCGAAGAGGACUUGGAGCGCUCCGAGGAACGUCUGAACACCGCAUCCGCGAAACUUACCGAAGCUUCCCAGGCUGCCGACGAAUCUAGCCGAAUGUGCAAAGUGUUGGAAAACCGCGCCCAGCAGGACGAGGAGAGGAUGGACCAAUUGACGAACCAGCUGAAAGAGGCUCGUCUCCUUGCCGAGGACGCUGACGGAAAAUCCGACGAAGUCUCCCGCAAGCUGGCCUUUGUUGAAGACGAGUUGGAGGUAGCCGAAGAUCGCGUCAAGUCUGGCGAGGCCAAAAUCAUGGAACUGGAAGAGGAGUUGAAGGUCGUCGGCAACAGUUUGAAGUCCCUGGAGGUCUCCGAGGAAAAGGCCAACCAACGUGUCGAGGAGUUCAAACGUCAGCUGAAGACCUUGACCGUCAAACUGAAGGAAGCCGAGGCCAGGGCCGAGUUCGCCGAGAAGACCGUGAAGAAACUGCAAAAGGAGGUUGACAGGCUCGAAGACGAGCUCGGAAUCAACAAAGACAGAUACAAGUCCCUUGCCGACGAGAUGGACUCCACGUUUGCCGAGCUGGCAGGAUAUUAAUUCGAUCGUUCCCCUCCCGAUCUGUUAUCACUGCUUAAAGUUAUCCGCUUAGGCGAAAUGUCCUUCGAAUUUGUCAAAGAAUAGAGAGAUGAGGCAUUGACGUCUCCUUGCCGGACUGUCAGUCGAGCUCUGUCGUCCAACGGGAACGUCCUUGACCUUUCGCGUACUUGUAUGGAUUUGAUGUACACACUUGUAUGGAUAAGUGUAACGCAGCGGCCAAAUGUUUCGCAACCGAGCUCAGUGCAAUAUUAACACGAGAGAAAAGAGAAGGAAAUGAGGUGUUCAUCUAGUCACUCGUCCAUCUUCGCGACCAAAGAACGAGGUAAGCCUCCCCCUCCAUUCGCAGAUACGUUUAUACGACAUAAAUAAAUGUUAAAUUCUGUAAUCAAGCUCUUAUCAUUGUCUACCAAGGAGGGCGCGAAUAAAAGAUAAUUCCACCCGC